AUGGGCAUGAAGGAGAUCGGCAUCUUCCCGGCCUCGGGCGCCCUAGGCGGCAGCACCUAUCGGCACCUUCUCAAGCUGGUGCCCAACGACCACGUCACGCUCAUCAACCGUUACCCCGAGAAGGUGGAGGCGCAGCACCGCGAUGCGGGCGUGAGGGUUCGCAAGGCGUCAUACGAGUCGUCGCUUCAGGAGCUGGAGCUCGCCUUCAGCGGGCUGGACGUGCUGUUCCUGGUGUCGUAUCCCAGCCACGUGCACGAGUAUCGAGUGAAGGUGCAACUCCCAGCACUAGAUGCCGCCAAGCGCGCUGGGGUGAAGCACAUCUUCUACAGCAGUCUGGGCUUCGGCAGUGACGCGGCGAGCAAGUCGCUCAAGGCCGACUCCAAGACGGUCGUGAUGCAGGCGCACCUCGACAGCGAGGCACACCUGGCGUUCCUUGCCAAGACGGACCCCGGGUUUACGUACACAUCCAUCCGCGAGGGCCUUUACUCGGAGUCGUUCCCCAUCUACACGGCGUCCUUCGAUCCCAAGACUGCGGCGGACGGGUCAGAAGUGCAAAUCCCGCACGACGGCAGCGGCCGCGGCGUCAGCUGGGUCAAGCGGGACGAGCUGGGCGAGGCGAGUGCGAAGCUGAUCGCGCGAUACUGUGGGGUUGGCGGGCAGUUCCCUCAGCAGCUUGUCAAUGGCAAGGUGCUGCUCUCCGGGGACAGAGAGAUCAGCCUGAAGGAGACGGUGGAGAUCCUGGGUAAGACAGUCGGGAAGACUUUCAAGAUCCGACAGGUCAGUGUGGACGAGUACGUAAAGCUGCCGCAGGUAUUGGGCGUAUUUGGGUCCGAGGAGAAGUGUAGGACGUGGGCGGCUUCCUGGGAGGGCAUAAAGGAUGGCGAGGCGGCGCUGGUUACUAAGGAUCUGGAAGAGAUACUAGGGAGGAAACCGGAGGCAUAUGAGAAGACCAUCAAGGAGUUGUUGGCAUGA